CUACACAAGCACAAGCUUAUUAUCGCCUAUCGUCACUCCCUCCUGAAGAAACAUUCCAAACCCAAGAACAGCAAACAAUUCCCUCCGAGUAAAGCUACCAAGCACAUUUCCCUCCAUCCCCAGCUCUUUCAAAAAUGUCCACAUCGACAGCCGCCAAAAAGCGGCGCACGCGCAGCGACUACCGCUUCCACCAAACCCACCAAACAAGAUGGUACGACAACGACAUGUACGCGCACUUAAACAACACAGUAUACACAAUGCUCUUCGACUCGAUCAUAAACACGUACCUAAUCACGCACUGCGGCAUGAACCCAUUCAGCCACAACAAUCCUGGCGAGAAGAACCGAACUGCCUCUAUGCCUAGUACGCAAGCCACCUCCAGCUCGCCACCAACCCCCCAACUCGGCAUCAUCAUCUCCUCGCACUGCGACUACUUCGCCAGCGUCUCGUUCCCGGACGUCCUCGACCUAGGACUAAGGGUGACGAAGCUCGGGCGCUCGAGCGUGACCUACGAGGUGGGCGUGUUCCGGCGGGGCGACGAGGAGGUGAAGGUGGUGGGCGGGUACACGCAUGUGUUCGUGGCGCGGGAGACGAUGCGGCCGACGGCUGGGGGGAUGGAUGUGGCGGUGCGGAGGGGGUUGGAGCGGUUGCUUGUUCCAGAGGAUGAGGAGGGGGACAGUGGGAAUGGGAAGGCGAAGUUGUGAGGUUAGAUCUUGGUUUUUACGUUUACU